CCAUUCUGUGUUCCUGCCCCAGGUGGCCACCCUUCAGCCCCAGCCAGGAAGAGGCUUUCAGCCCUCUCCAGGUCUGAGAAAGCCCUGGUAGGCGGCCUGUUUGGGAGCUUCCUCUGUUCCAGUCCACUUCUCCAGGGCCAGUAGAAACAGACACCAGCCAGGAUGCCGAGGAAUCAGGGCUUCUCUGAGCCCGAGUAUUCGGCUGAGUACUCUGCAGAAUACUCCGUGAGCCUGCCCUCUGACCCUGAUCGUGGGGUGGGCCGGACCCAUGAGAUCUCCGUCAGGAACUCGGGCUCCUGCCUGUGCCUGCCUCGAUUCAUGCGACUGACCUUUGUACCGGAAUCCUUGGAGAACCUCUACCAGACUUACUUCAAAAGGCAGCGCCAUGAGACCCUGUUGGUGCUGGUGGUCUUCGCAGCCCUCUUUGACUGCUACGUGGUGGUCAUGUGUGCUGUGGUCUUUUCCAGUGACAAGCUGGCUCCCCUCGUUGUGGCUGGGAUAGGGCUGGUGUUGGACAUUAUCCUCUUCGUGCUCUGCAAAAAGGGGCUGCUCCCUGACCGAGUUACCCGAAAGGUGGUACCCUACGUGCUGUGGCUGCUGAUAACAGCCCAGAUCUUCUCCUACUUGGGCCUGAACUUCGCCCGUGUCCAUGCAGCCAGUGACACAGUGGGCUGGCAGGCUUUCUUUGUCUUCUCCUUCUUCAUCACACUGCCCCUCAGCCUCAGCCCCAUCGUGAUCAUCUCUGUGAUCUCCUGUGUUGUGCACACGCUUGUCCUGGGAGUCACUGUGGCCCAGCAGCAGCAGGAUGAGCUUCAGGGAAUGCAGCUGCUGAGGGAGAUCCUGGCCAACGUCUUCCUCUACCUGUGUGCCAUCAUCGUGGGCAUCAUGUCCUACUACAUGGCAGACCGCAAGCACCGCAAGGCCUUUCUGGAGGCCCGCCAGUCGCUGGAGGUAAAGAUGAACCUGGAGGAGCAGAGCCAGCAGCAGGAAAACCUUAUGCUCUCCAUCCUGCCCAAGCACGUAGCUGAUGAGAUGUUGAAGGACAUGAAGAAAGAUGAGAGCCAGAAGGACCAGCAGCAGUUUAACACCAUGUACAUGUACCGGCAUGAGAACGUCAGCAUCCUCUUUGCAGACAUCGUGGGCUUCACCCAGCUGUCGUCUGCCUGCAGUGCCCAGGAGCUUGUGAAGCUGCUCAAUGAGCUCUUUGCCCGCUUUGACAAGCUGGCAGCUAAAUACCACCAGCUGCGAAUCAAGAUCCUGGGUGACUGUUACUACUGCAUCUGUGGACUGCCUGACUACCGGGAGGACCAUGCUGUCUGCUCCAUCCUCAUGGGGCUUGCCAUGGUGGAGGCCAUCUCGUAUGUGCGGGAGAAGACCAAGACUGGGGUGGACAUGCGUGUGGGGGUGCACACAGGCACUGUGCUGGGUGGUGUCCUGGGCCAGAAGCGCUGGCAGUACGAUGUGUGGUCCACCGAUGUCACUGUGGCCAACAAGAUGGAGGCUGGUGGCAUUCCUGGGCGUGUGCACAUCUCCCAAAGCACCAUGGACUGCCUGAAAGGAGAGUUCGAUGUGGAGCCAGGUGAUGGGGGCAGCCGUUGUGAUUACCUAGAUGAGAAGGGCAUCGAAACCUACCUCAUCAUUGCCUCCAGGCCAGAGGUGAAGAAAACAGCCACCCAAAAUGGCCUCAACGGCUCGGCCCUACCAAAUGGAGCUCCAACCUCAAAGCCCAGCUCCCCUGCCCUUAUUGAGACAAAGGAACCCAAUGGGAGUGCCCAGGCCAGUGGCUCCACAUCGGAGGAGGCUGAGGAGCAGGAGGCCCAGGCAGACAACCCCUCGUUUCCCAACCCCCGCCGGAGGCUGCGCCUCCAAGACCUGGCUGACCGUGUGGUGGAUGCUUCUGAGGAUGAGCAUGAGCUCAACCAGCUACUCAAUGAGGCCCUGCUGGAGCGAGAGUCUGCCCAGGUGGUAAAGAAGAGAAACACCUUUCUCCUAUCCAUGCGGUUCAUGGACCCAGAGAUGGAAAUCCGCUACUCAGUGGAGAAGGAAAAGCAGAGCGGGGCUGCCUUCAGCUGCUCCUGUGUGGUCCUGCUCUGCACAGCCCUGGUUGAGAUACUCAUUGACCCCUGGCUGAUGACAAACUAUGUGACCUUUGUGGUUGGGGAGAUUCUACUCCUGAUCCUGACCAUCUGUUCAAUGGCUGCCAUCUUCCCACGGGCCUUUCCUAAGAAACUUGUGGCCUUCUCCACUUGGAUUGAUCGGACCCGCUGGGCCAGGAACACCUGGGCCAUGUUAGCCAUCUUCAUUCUGGUUAUGGCAAACAUCGUAGACAUGCUUAGCUGUCUCCAGUACUACACCGGACCCUACAACGGAACUGCAGGGAUGGAGCUGGAGGGAGGCUGCCUGGAGAACCCCAAGUAUUACAACUACAUUGCCGUGCUAUCCCUCAUCGCCACCAUCAUGCUGGUGCAGGUCAGCCAUAUGGUGAAGCUCACACUCAUGCUGCUCGUCACGGGUGCAGUGGCCGCCAUCAACCUCUAUGCCUGGUGCCCCAUCUUUGAUGAAUACGACCACAAACGCUUUCAGGAACAUGACUUUCCUUUGGUGGCCUUAGAGAAGAUGCAGGUAUUUUCUACCCCUGGGCUCAAUGGCACUGACAGGCUGCCGCUGGUGCCUUCUAAGUACUCAAUGACAGUGAUGAUCAUCAUCAUGAUGUUGAGCUUUUACUACUUCUCCCGCCACGUGGAAAAACUGGCACGGACACUGUUCCUGUGGAAGAUUGAAGUCCAUGACCAAAAGGAACGUGUCUACGAGAUGCGACGCUGGAACGAGGCCUUGGUCACCAACAUGUUGCCUGAGCAUGUCGCUCGCCAUUUUCUGGGUUCUAAGAAGAGAGAUGAGGAGUUAUACAGCCAGUCUUAUGAUGAGAUUGGAGUUAUGUUCGCCUCCCUGCCCAACUUUGCUGACUUCUAUACUGAAGAGAGCAUCAAUAAUGGUGGUAUCGAGUGUCUGCGCUUCCUCAACGAGAUCAUCUCCGAUUUCGAUUCACUCCUUGACAAUCCCAAAUUCCGGGUCAUCACCAAGAUCAAAACCAUUGGCAGCACCUAUAUGGCAGCUUCAGGAGUCACCCCAGAUGUCAACACUAAUGGCUUUUCCAGCUCCAAUAAGGAGGAAAAGUCAGACAAGGAGCGCUGGCAGCACCUGGCUGACCUGGCCGACUUUGCACUAGCCAUGAAGGAUACACUUACAAACAUCAAUAAUCAGUCCUUCAACAACUUCAUGCUGCGCAUAGGCAUGAACAAAGGAGGGGUUCUGGCUGGGGUCAUUGGAGCCCGGAAACCACACUAUGACAUAUGGGGCAACACAGUCAAUGUGGCCAGCAGGAUGGAGUCCACAGGGGUCAUGGGCAACAUUCAGGUAGUAGAAGAAACACAGGUCAUCCUCCGAGAGUACGGCUUCCGCUUUGUGAGACGAGGUCCCAUCUUUGUGAAAGGGAAGGGCGAGCUUCUGACCUUUUUCUUGAAGGGGAAGGAUAAGCCAGCUGCCUUCCCCAAUGGCUCCUCUGUUACACUGCCCCACCAGGUAGUGGACAACUCCUGAAUGGACUCUGCUCCCAUGACAGCCCACAUGGAAAGGGAGAAUUUCUUUCUUUUGGAAUUGAAGAAAGGCCUUGGGAAAGGGCAAUGACCACGUCCUGAUGUUCCUGAAUUACUGAAGUGCACACUCCCAUAGACUUUAAGUUUAAAAUGUUAAGCCUUCACUUGUCUGUGGAUAUGUCAGCUCUGAGGGUGGCCAUACUAUUCUUCAGUGUGCCUGUAGCUUCCCCAGAGUAGGAGUCUUAGGCGUAAUACUCGGAGAGUCCUUCCAGAGCCCUAGUUCCAACUCAGCCCUUCUUCCCCCAGAGAGGCCAUGGCCACUGUGAGUAAGAAUUCAGCAGAGGUGGAACGAAGCUGCCUUUGCCACUGGGCUGGGAGCACAGGUAUAGGAGCUUUGCUAAAAAGAGUAGGGCUUGGCAGAGUUAAAUACUGCUGGAGAAUGCUCCACUUCUGCUGGAACCUGACAACAGUGCUUUCAUUGUGAAGAGAGCUCCCACGGAGACCUGACUUUCUUCAUAUGGUCCCAGUUAGGUUAAAUGGCCCUUGUCCUGAUGUUCCUGGUAAUCUUGAAAGGUUCUUCUGGAACCCCCAUCACCUUAGUUAUGAGAGCAGAAAGUGCAAUAUUUCCUUUCACCUGGUGGGGGGAGGGGGGUUAUUUCUGAAAGAAAAAUAUAUAAACAGAUCUUCUACAUUUAUAUUUUUAAUCUGUUAAAAAAUACUUUCCAAUAUUGCCUUGCCUUUUGAGCUCUUGCUACAGUCGCCUUUGCUACUGCUUUAAAAGAGAAUUUACAGGUAUUGAUAAAGAACAAGACUGUUUUAUUAAAAGCUUUACUCAACUUGAA